AUGGAUCUCAAGCCUGCUUUUGCAAUCUCUGAAAAAAACAGAGAAAGGAAGUUGCAGAAUUGCUCUGGAUGUAAGGAGAAGAGGCCCGCACACAGUUUGUGUACUACCUGCAAUAAGUGGCUGUGCAGCUUGUGUACAGAAGAACAUGGGCAUGGCAAGGAAGCAGGGGAGCAUUUCCUGCCGAUUCCACUGAAGGGGUGUUCAGGAACAGAAGUGGAAACAAAUGAAUUUCCCUUGUUUUGCCCAGUGCACAGCCAGGAGACACUCAAAGUGUUUUGUGAGACCUGUGAUGCUCUGACUUGCCGCUUCUGCCUUCUGACAGAGCACAAGGAACACAGAUUCAGAUAUCUUCAGGAAGCUUUGCAAAACCAGAGAGUCAUCUUGGAAAACGUAUCAGCUAAAGUGGAAGAGAAGAAAAGUGGAAUGCAGGUCUCAGUCAAACAAAUUGAAGACAGAUUGUUUGAAGUAAAACACCUGCAAAGGAAGGUUGAAAAUCAGAUCAAAAUGGCCAAGAUGGUCCUGAUCAGUGAAAUAAAUAAGCGAGCAAAUGUUCUUCUUGAACAGCUAGAGAGGAUCACCAGUGAAAGGAAGCAGAAACUGGAGCAGCAGCUUCAGGGAAGCAUGGUGUUAAACAGGCAAUUUGAACACGUGCAAAACUUUCUCAGCUGGGCAGUGUGCAGUAAAAACAGUGUUCCAUUCCUCUUCAGUAAAGAACUGAUUGUGUUCCAGAUUCAACGUUUGCUAGAAACAAACUGUAAUACAGAUGUCGGUCCUCCAUGGAAGCUCAGGUUCUCAUGGGACCCAUCUUUCUGGACUAAACAACUUUCCAAUUUAGGACACUUAUCAAUGGAGGGGGGACCAGUCCAUCAUUCCGAUGUGCCAGCCUAUGGAAGCAUGCCAGGAAUGCAGCCCUCUAUAUAUCACCAUCAUCACCACGGGCAACAUUCACCAGCACCACAGCAUGAUUCUCUCAGUAACCAGUCACACCAGUUCCAGACUCCUGUCCAUUGCCCAACACCCAUGUGCUGCACCCAUUGCAUUAACAUCCCACACAUGAAUAAAGGACAGCUUCCCCCUCCUUUGAGCCACCCUCAGUCUUUUCGGCAGCUGCCUGAAAUGCAGCACCACCAGCAGCAUUUCUCCUUGCAGUAUGGCCUGCAGCCGCAUGAGAGGGAGCAGAGGUGCACCCCACGACUCUUGAAAGCAAUGCAACCUUGUGCGGAGCAGAAGUCUCACCAGGAGCACGACAGCCCAUCUGCCCGAAUGUCAAAGCAUUCCCAGGACCAGCCAGUGCACCACACAAUGCCUCCUGUUUAUCCCCUGCCACUGGAGGAGGUUCAGCAGGGCCAGCCAGGCCAUUCCCAGCAGUUUUCUGCACAAUCUGCCCUGCAUAGUCCAACAGUGCAAGUUCAGCUUGGUCCACUCCAGAAGCUAAAGCUGAAUAACUUGCCGCCAUCACCGCAGGAACAGCCAUUGCUGCCUCCACCGCCACCGCCACCACCACCAUCACAGCUGUCACCACAGCAGCCAUCCACAACAGGGCCAAAUGAGAAGGCUCACGAACAAGUGAUCCAGCAGAGUCUGGACAUUAUGCAUCACCAGUUUGAGCUGGAGGAAAUGAAGAAAGAUUUGGAACUUCUGCUCCAAGCUCAGCAACCAAGCCUGCAGUUGAAUCCGGCCAAACAGCCUCAGCAUGUUCAGCAAACAAUUGUUGGACAAAUAAACUACAUUGUAAGACAGCCAGCUUCAGUUCAACAGCAAAGCCAGGAAGAUGCACACGUUGGUGAAGAUUCUGCUGAAUCAGAAGGUCAAAAACCAGCACUUCCCCUUGAUAGAAAUGUGAUUCCACCUAUGACGCAGCCAUUAGAGGAAGCUAUUGUCAGUAUUCACUCUCCAGAGAGUGCUUUGAAUCCAGUCAGGAAGAGGUCAGCUUCACUGAACUUUGUGGGCUUUUCAAAUGCUUUAGAAAUGGAGUUGUCUUCGGCACGGUUAUCCAAGUCAGCUGAUACUCAGGCCAAAGAAAUAUCCACUGUAACAUCCAAUGAGGCUCAGAGUAUGCCAAAUAUCUCUGAUGUGUCACCUGAAGCUGUGCCUCAUUACAGCCUUGCUCUGGAGAGAACUACAAAUGACUUGAGCGCUGAAAAUAUUGACCAUUUAGCAUCUGGUGGUAUGCCCCUGGUCAGUGCAGUGUGCAAGCUGGAAAGUGAAGAGUUUGGCUCUAUGAAUUACCCUCUUGGAAAUGGCUCUUCUGCUAUUGAAUCAAAAGACAUUAAUGAGUUAGUUCUUCCUAUCCACAAUAUUCUGGAAGAGCCUAUUAAUCUUUCAGUGAAGAAGACUCAGCCGUGUGCCUCCCCUCCCAUACUUAUCAGCAACACGUCUUGCAUGCAGUCGCUUAAUCCAGAUCAAAGACAUAUUGAAGAUUUCCGUAACUGUGAACAGGAACACUUUGAAAUGGAAAUUAAAAGUAAUCAGAGCAACAGAGCUUGUGCCAAAGAAGUGAAAAUUCCUUAUGUGCGACUGGAACGACUGAAGAUAUGCACAUCGGAGUCCGGAGAGCUUCCAGUAUUUAAACUGCAGCCACAGAAAGGAAAUCAUGACGGGACCUUCCUGCUGAUAAUUGAAUGUGGUUCUCAGUCUUCAAGCAUGGCUAUUAAGGUCAAUCAAGGCAAUCUACCUGAAAGACUGAAUCCCAUGCCUGAAAACCUGGAGGAAAGGAGGAUCCCCACAAACCAGCCACCUGAGCAAUUGCUGCUUCCCUUGGUAGACCACAGGUUCAGUAAUAGUAUGAAAAAAUCUGUGCUUACCCAGGAAGAUCACCCCAUAGAGAAUGAGGAUUUCUGUGCUGUUUGUCUGAAUGGAGGAGAGCUGCUGUGCUGUGAUUAUUGCCCAAAGGUGUUUCAUCUCUCAUGCCAUGUUCCUGCGUUGCUCAGCUUUCCUGUUGGUGAAUGGGUGUGCACGCUUUGUCGCAAUGUGGAGAAACCGGAGGUAGAGUAUGACUGUGAAAACACACGUUUCAACUACAGCAGCACACUGACACAAGCAAGAGCACUCUAUGGUCUCGAUGACUAUGAGCAGAAGAAGUGCGAGAAACUGGUACUUUCUUUGUUGUGCAAUAACCUGAGUCUACCAUUCCAUGAACCAGUCAGCCCCCUGGCUCGCCAUUAUUAUCAGAUCAUCAAAAGGCCCAUGGAUUUGUCCAUAAUCCGGAAAAAGCUACAGAAAAAGAACAAAUUGCAUUAUUCCACCUCUGAAGAGCUGGUCGCAGAUGUGCGUCUUAUGUUUUGGAACUGUGCAACAUUCAACUACCCUGACUCAGAGGUUGCUGAAGCUGGAAGAUGUCUGGAAAUAUUUUUCGAAAGCAAACUAAAAGACAUUUAUCCAGAGAAGCAGUUCUCCUUGGUGCAACAAAAUGACUCCGAUUCAGAGGAGGUGGAGCAUGAGAAUAGCCAGGUGGCUCCCAAAGGAUUCCAGUGGCCCACGUACAGACAGGAGUGCAUCCAACCAAAGAGAAGGCGACGGCAUGCUGAAAGUGAAAAAACUAAAAGACCAAUGUUCUGGCCAGCUAAAGGUUUUUCUCAGGUGUGA